GUGAGUCGGAGGGUUAGUGAGAGGCAGGCACUGCUCGUGGUUACUCAGACGGAAAAGGCUCUCACGGCCGAGAGGAGAGGAGAAGAGAAGAGGGAGCAUUCCCUUUGGGAUUCCGAGGCAUCAGCUGCCUGCUCCGACCUGGAUCAUCCGUCCCGAGGAAAAUCGCCGCGGCUCAUCCCAGAGACUUUUCCAGCACCGCAUCACAUCUGCCCGUUCAGGAGACUUGAGACUCAGGAUCACCUGCCUGUCUGUGGCGGAUCCUCUCUACCCUCCUCUCUCCUCUCUCAUCUUCUUUAUCUCCGUCUCGCUCCCUCUCUAUCUAUCUUUUUUUUACCUUUUUUGUGAGGGUGAGAGGUGGUUGGUUUGGUCAGUGCGUCGUCGUGGGAGAUGUCCUUCUGAUCACGUCCGAGAGCGUCGGCAGCUGCAACAGCAGGACUGAGCGAGCGAGCGAGAGACAGAGCUGUGCAGCGCUGUGCUGCGCGCCUCACGAGGCGGGAAGAGUCAGCCAGCGCCGUGACAGAGAGAUCCUCUCGCUCUCCCCUCUCUCUAUCCCUCUCUUCCCCUCUCCCUCUCUUCCUCUCUCUCUCUCCCACUCGUUUUCUCUGCUUCUCUCAGCCACACUCUCAACACUCAGCACUGCACAGCCUGUCUGCCAGUUCACAUCAGUGCUCUGCUCUCUCUGUCUCUCUCUCUUCUCUCUUUUACUCUCUCUCUCUCCCUUGUAUUCUCUGCUCUUGUGUUUUUCUUUCUUUGCUCUGCCUAGUCAGUCUUUCUCUCUUUCCCUCCCUCUCCUCUCACUGCUCAUCUCUGCUCUCUCUCUCUCUCUCUCGUUCUGCUCUUCCCCCUCUAGCUGUGUGAGUGAUAAACGCCUCUCAGUCUCUCUCUCUCUCUCUCUCUCUCUCUCUCUCUCUCUCCCUCUCUCUCACUGACACACACACACACACACACACGGCGCAGACAGAUCUUCGCGAUGGGAGAUAAAGGCACAAGGGUGUUCAAGAAAGCAAGUCCCAAUGGCAAGCUCACAGUCUACCUUGGGAAGAGGGACUUUGUUGACCAUGUGGACCUUGUGGAGCCUGUCGAUGGUGUUGUUCUAAUUGAUCCAGAGUAUUUAAAGGAGAGGAAAGUGUUCGUCACGUUGACGUGUGCCUUCCGCUACGGCCGCGAGGAUCUGGACGUUCUGGGCCUGACGUUCCGUAAGGACCUCUUCGUGGCCAACAUCCAGGCGUUCCCGCCGGUGGCCGAGGAGAAGAAAAGUCUCACGCGCCUGCAGGAGCGCCUCAUCAAGAAGCUCGGGGAGCAUGCGUACCCUUUCACCUUCGAGAUUCCUCCCAACCUGCCCUGCUCAGUCACCCUGCAGCCCGGCCCGGAGGACACGGGGAAGGCCUGUGGGGUGGACUUUGAAGUCAAAGCCUUCUGCGCGGAGAACGUUGAGGAAAAAAUCCACAAAAGGAACUCUGUGCGCCUCGUUAUCAGGAAGGUCCAGUAUGCCCCGGAGAAGCCAGGUCCACAGCCCAUGGCCGAGACAACGCGGCAGUUCCUCAUGUCCGACAAGCCUCUGCACCUGGAGGCCUCUCUGGAUAAAGAGAUUUAUUACCACGGCGAGCCCAUAAGUGUCAAUGUUCAUGUCACCAACAACACAAACAAGACAGUAAAGAAAAUGAAGAUUUCAGUACGUCAGUAUGCAGAUAUAUGCCUGUUCAACACGGCUCAGUACAAGUGCCCAGUCGCAACAGAGGAGUCAGAUGACAUAGUUGCCCCAAGUGCCACGUUCUGUAAGGUCUACACCCUCACGCCCUUCCUGGCCAAUAACCGCGAGAAGAGAGGCCUGGCACUGGACGGAAAGCUCAAGCACGAGGACACGAACCUGGCCUCCAGCACGCUGUUGAGAGAAGGGGCCAACAAGGAGAUCCUGGGAAUCAUUGUUUCCUACAAAGUCAAAGUGAAGCUGGUGGUGUCGAGAGGCGGUCUUCUGGGAGAUCUUGCCUCAAGUGAUGUUGCUGUGGAGCUGCCUUUCACGUUAAUGCAUCCGAAACCGAUAGAGGAAUCUUCGUACAGAGAUGCUCCUGAGAGCGACGCACCCAUCGACACCAACCUGAUUGAAUUCGACACAAAUGACGAUGACAUCAUCUUUGAGGACUUUGCGCGGCAGCGGCUCAUCGGGGUGAAGGACGACAAGGAGGAGGAAGACGAGGGAACAGACUCGCCCCGGCUGAACGACAGAUAAGCGCCGAACGUGGCGGCGUGUCGUGGCUCUUCUCCUGAGGCGGUGGUGUUGCUUUUCCCCAGGCUUUAUCUCCAGCCCAUUCGGCUAUGUGUGAACCUGGAGCGAGGAAGACCCUUUUUUCGAUGAAACGGAGAGAGAGGGAGAGAGGGAGAGAAAAACAAACAAACAAACAAACAAACAAACACACACACACUCAGUGGUGCCGCCGCCGUGUUUCUUGUUCACAUUCGUCUUUCCAUACAGCCUGGACAAGUGUUAGAAAACUAAACCUCUACAUGUUAGGUGCUUGUGUGACCUAGUCAUCAGUGUUGGCAGGAGCAAGGGAGAUAGAGAGAGAGAAAGACAGAGAGAGAGAAGGAGAGAGAGAGAGGGAUAGAGAAAGAUUUCUGUGCAUAGGCUACUUUAGGGCCACUUUCUAGGCACCUGGGAUUUCCUAUAAAGUUCACUCAAACUGAGGUUGAGCAUUUGUCACCGUGGCUAAAUCUAACUUGAGUGGAAGCAUGCCUUGAAAUAAACAUCACUUUGUAAUACAUGUUUUUUUUUAAUGUUUUGUUAGGUUUGUUUUGGUUUGUUUUUGUUGCAUAUUUUGUAUUAGUAGGAAUGAGCAAAGACACAACUCGGUAUUGGUAAUAUAUUUAAUGUAUCAUAUAUGUACUCUUUCCGUAUGUAUCUGGGAUUGUUAUCAUGACUACUGCCAAAUUCAGUAUGAGCUGCCGAAUGCACCUUCCAUCAGGGAAAACUCCUAUGUGUACAAAUGUAGGGGGGGGUUAGGGGAGAAUUUGGAUAAUUAUUUACUUGUAAACAUAAAGAUAUAUAUAUAUAUAUAAAUAUACAUAUAUUUCAUUUCGCCUUACAUAAGACAAGACAUGUUGGUAGUAACUGUUUGAUAAUCCAGCGAGAGAUGUCGUUUUGAGACUGUUCUAAUCCCUGCUUUGUGGAAAAACCUUCCUAGUAGUAGCACUGAUAUGCAGAAAUGACAUAAAUCCCAUAUUCACAUCACAAACACAUACAAUACAAUCAGAAUGUCAUGUCUCCUUUGCCAAACUAUACCAUCCAGUGUCACUUUAUUUAAAAAUACAAAAAGAAAAGUUUAAUAUACAUAUGAACGCCAUCCAUUUCUGAAACACCUGAUUCAUAUGGACAUAAAAUGGCCCAAUAUGUAAUCAGACAGAAGUAGUUUUACCUCUAUACAGCUUUUCUAAAAAUGAGAAAUCCUGUCUCCAGCGUGGUGGUUUUGUUCAACAUUCUCCAGGCUAACCGUGCAUCGUAGAGAGAGGAAAGAGCCUUACUAAACACUGAAAUGAAACUAUAUAUUAUACCUAUAAAGAAAGGAGUGGCCUUGUUAUCUUGCAUGAGACGUCAAUACUUUGUAUGUUUUUUGUGAAUGGGAUUCAUGCUUUUCCCAAUAUCGCCUUUUCAAUUUUUUUUUUGUAAAAGUUUUACUACCAUAGUAUAUGGUCUUACUGUUUCCAUGAUUAGAUAUUCUGACCUAUCACAAGGUUAUUUGGACAUGCUGCUCUGGUCCAAUGACUGUCCUGCUCCCUUUUCUUCACUGUGUUAAAGUCAUAUUGACUGUGAGUCAUUCCAACCAUUCAAAAUGAAUUGAAAUCAUAGAUACGUAAAACAUUAUGAGGGGCUAUCGAGUAUUUAUUGACAAAUGAAUAUUAUUGACCAUUACACUGACAUUAUUAUUAUUAUUAUUAUUAUUAUUAUUAUUAUUAUUGUCAUCAUCAUUAUUAUACAUACAAGUUUCAGGCGAGGGUGUAAAAGAUAUUAUGUUCAGCUGUAUCUUUAUUAAUAAAAAAUGUGUCUA